CGAAACAGAGGCUCAUGGAGUAAGUCUAACACACUUCUCAAAAUGGCCGCUGUGGAACUGAUGCUACCGCUUUUGCAUCAGAUUAGUGGCGUGUUGCAAGAUCGGGGACGGGAAGAAGCAUACCAACGGAUGGUCUCAGUUUAUGGGGAAAGGUACUCUUCUAGAGGAAAUCUCUUGCUACUUCUGGAGCGAUUAGUUCAAGAGCAUAAGAUAACUCCAAGGAAUACAUUUACAUUGGAGCAGUGUCUGUCUGAAAGCCUAACUUCGAAAGAAAAAUUCAAGAGCAUUUUAGAAGAUUUUCAUAGCAAGCAUGGACAAGAAAUCAAGGAAUGGGAUCAAAAGCAGCCCGCAGAAUUUAUAAAACGGGAGUCUGGGUGGCUCGAGGCGGCAUUAGAGAAAAAAAGAGGUGUAAUAAUUUGGGGUGUGUCUGGUGUUGGUAAAACAAAGCUAGCAAAAGAAUUUAUGCUGUCAAGAAAAGAGGAGCAGCAGGUUACAGUUGACUUAAGAGGUUUAAAAAGCAUUGAAAAUGUAUGUGUGGAGACACUAAGAGCACUAGGAAAAAUUGUGAGUAUAGAUGAUGCAACAGUCAGUAUGGUGCAAUCUGUGCUUGGAGAACAGGUUUCAGCUCAAAAUAUGCUGCUUUUGUUUGACAAUGCUGAUGACUUUGUGCAUUACUCUGGUAUUGGUGAUGACAAAACAGAAGAGUUUGCUGAACUUGUAAAAGGAGCCUUAAUAUUUUCAUAUGAUAAAUUGAAGAUGUUGAUAACAUCAAGGAGUAAAAGUGAUCAUCCUCAGUCAGAUGAGUUUUUGCAUCAAGAACAACUUCAUUCAAUGAAUGAUGAUGAUGCUAGCUGCAUCCUGAAAUCAAAAAUGAUUCAUGAGGGGCCAACUCCUGUUAAAGAAACCGAUGAGCUUGUUUCAGAAGCCAUCAGGCAAUGCCGCAACUUACCGUUAAACCUGAGGAUCCUAAGUGCUGCUCUACAAGAAAAAGGGGUAAGCUUGACAGAUAUUUUACCAAAAAUUAUUCAGAAAGCUAGAGAAUGGAAGAAGAGUAAUGAAAAACCAGAUGUCUCUCUACUAGAAGAAGAAUCUUGCACUUAUGGAGUCUUGGCCUCAAGGUUUGAAAACCUAAGCGAUACCACACAGUUAAGUGCAGUAGCUUUGUCGCUAUUCGCAAGAUCAUUCUCAUUCCAAGCAGCUGCAGAGAUAUUGAAGGAUUUUGAAGAAUCCAAAGUACAUUUGAUUUUAGAGCACUUAAAGGGAACAAAUUUUAUUAGUCUAGAGUCAGACAAUUUGAGGAAAAGUGAACGAAUAUUUGAUAUUCAUCCAAAGGUGAAGGAAUUUCUUUCCAGCAAUAUUGAAUAUUCAAGAGAAAUUUCCAGUUUUUAUAGCAGAGCUAGAAAAAGAUUCAUCACUUUUUUCAACAAUAAUUUGCUUAGAAUAAGCAAGUAUAUCGAUAAAGACUAUAUGAAGGCAUGUGAAUUAUACCAAGAAGACCAGUCUAAUUUUGAUUUCAUUUUCAAGCAAAGAGGAAGUGACCUGUUAUUGCUAGGUGACUAUGAUGACAGUCAGCAGGUCCAGCUUCUUCUUAAUGGAAUGCUGUUACCUGAAAGGAGGCUUGAAUACUUUAGAAGUCUUGCGGAGGCUGCAUUCAAGCAUCGUAAUGCUUUAAUGGGCACACAAUACUUAUGCUGGCAAGCAAUGGAAGAGGGUUUUCUUGAUCCAGUCAAGGCUCUAAAGUAUACGGUUCUCAGAGCUGAACACAACUUAAUGAAACUGAAAAGAGAAUACAUCCUUUUUCAUUCAGAGAAGCAUCGACAGUACUCCCAGUUAGAGGCGCUGUUUCUUUAUACUUUGGGUGAUAUUCUGUAUAGGGUAAUUCAUUCAAACAUGUCAUUGGAGGACUGUCAACUAGCUAUCGAGUCAUUGGAGUCAAGUCUGAAUAUUUUGAAGCAAGUAUUUCCAGCAUCUCAAGGACAUAUAGACAUCGUUCGAGCAUAUGUAAAUUUAGGAAAUAUUUACAAUAUACUGGAGGAUAUCUUCCGCAAAAAGGAAAUGUUCGAUGAUAUCGACGAAGCAUUAGAUAAAGCUUUAGACUGCUACAAUAAAGCACUGAAAAUGAGAGAGCAUCUGUCCGAGGGACGAUUACACAUUGAUACUCCGCAGAUAAUUCAGAACAUUGGAUCAGUUUGGUAUGAGCGCGCACGAAUAGAGAAAAUGUAUGGUGAAGAUUUUACCACAUCUUCAAGGAUGGCAGAAGAAUAUUUAAAGCAAGCUCUUCAAAUGGAAAAAGAUCUAGAUCUGUAUGGGUUGUAUAGAACCUCAUCUAAACUUGUUAAUUUGGGCGAUUUGUACAAGCUAGAAGGGAAACACGAUAAGUCAUUUGAGUUUUUAUUAGAAGCAUUGGAAAUUAGGCGUUCUAUGAAAGGUAAACACAAGGACACUGUUCUUGUGAUAUACAGACUAGCAAUAACAAAACAUACAAUGAAAGAGUACGCGGAGGCUGUUCGUUACUACAAGGAGGCUUUUGAAAUGGAAGAGAGUCUACCUGAGGAUUUACAUUCAGCUAUCAGGAUGGAUAUCAGGAAAUAUCUAAUGACAGCCUACGAGCGUUGGCAGGCUUUAGAGUCUAAUGAAGCCGAAAAAAUAAGAAUUGGAAGAGAAUUUGAAGAAACGAAGGAAAGGAUAUUGCAGCUGGAGAAAGACGAAAAGCAAAAGGAGCUUGGAAAAGAUGUGGAUUCUGCGAAAAGUUCUAGUGAUCCAAAAAGCAGUGAAUCGCCCAUGGAAAGUGAAUUUGCGGUUCCUCCGCAUGACGAAAUUGGGGAACUUAAGCUUGGAAUAUCUGGUCAUCAUACGUUCUUGCCUUCUUCCCAUGUCUACCUUACGGUGCCAAGGAAAUUGGUAAGGAUCCCCUACAAUACUCAGCUGUUUCGACUUAAAAUGCCUCUGGACGUGCCACUAAAGCACGCGGAGCAUUUAGCGAGUGCAGUGAUCGGUGUUCAAGAUCAAAAUCAGGGCGAAAUAACGUUGAAAGCUCCAGCCAUGCUUGAAAUUCGCAGCGACAUUAUGGACUCACAUUUGGAUCGUUUUUCAGAACUUUGUAUGCUACAGUAUGAACCUGUGACGAAAACAUGGAUUGACGUCGAGGAGAGCUUAAUUAUACAUGAACGAUUUUACUGGUUUGAGAGAAAUGAUUCGCUUUCAGUUGUAUGCGCUUGGAUUAAGAGAUUUACAUUAUUUUGUCUCGUGGUUCGUCCAAAAGUGUAUACUUUGUCGGUACCGGUAGAAGGGGCGAUUUGGAAACCAGCUCAAGACGAAAGAAUUUCUAUACAGUUCAAACCAGGAACCUUUUCAAAGACAGCUGAUUGCCAAGUGAAGGUUGCAUUGCCUCCUUGGGACUUAAUGAGUGAAGAUAUGCUACUUUCAGGGCCACCGUUGCAUUCCGAGCUGUUACCUUCACCUUCGCUGUUCGCGCAUUCGUUGCCCUCAGAUCUCAAAGUUGCAUUGCCUCCUCGGGACUUAAUGAGUGAAGAUGUGCCACCUUCAGGGCCAUCGUUGCAUUCCCCGUCGUUGUCUUCACCUUCGCUGUUGUCGCGUUCGUUGCCCUUUGAUCUUGUAGUAAGUUGUGCAGUGAAUGUCCACUUAACAGAGAAAAUAUCCCAGCCGGUUAUAGUAACAUUGCCGCUUAUUGGUGAUGGUGUUCGACGGAUUGGCCGCUCUGUGAGAGUUCUUAGAAUGGACGACGGUGCGAGCGCAAAAUUGGAAAUCGCAGAGGGGCUCAAAUUUACUAUAGACAAUGCAAGACAGACGAUGGUGAUUGAAGUUUUUUCAUUCAGCUGGCUUUGGGUUAUUGCCACACCAGUGGAGUACACGUUGAAAGCUCUUGAGAAUUUAGCAUACACACUGUAUAGGAGUUCUCUUUAUGAUGUUGAGUUCAAUUUAUACCGAGGUAUAUUCCACCAAAACCAGCGCAUAAUAGCCGUUAGUUGUACACCAUUUAACCCGAACCGUGAGAAGUGCAGCAAUGAAGGUCACUAUACCCUUGUUGACAGUGCACCCUCAUGGAAAAGACUAAUGGAUCUAGAGCCAAUUAAAGUCGAAGUAAAAGGCCAAUAUAUAAACACAGGAACCUGUGAAAACAUCCUCAGGUUUAAUAAAAACAACCCUUCUCCAAGUAAAUUUGGCGUCAAAGAAACUGGAAUCGACCAAGGCCGGGGUGGUUCCGUAACAAUGUAUGAUGAAGAAAGAAAGAGUCUUUGCAGCAUACCAUACCUUGGUGAUUUUCGGAUUAUUUCAGACAGUUUAGAUGAGCAACAUGGAUAUAGACAAAGAUCCCCAAUACGAUUUCUUGGUCUUGUGCUAAAAAGUUGUGGACUUGAGAAAGUUAAUGUUCACCAUGGAGACUUCAGAAACAAUCUAUAUCAGACUGGACUGUCUGAAGAAUUCAUAGACGAGCUAAAGCUGGAUAUGGACACUAGAACAAGAGCUGAUAUUGUAAGAAAGCUUUUUGAUCGAAUUACUUCCCACUGUGUGAAUGGCAAAUUACAUUGGAAUUGGUUCAACGUCAUCAAAAAGUACCUGUACCCACCUUCUACUCGAAAAAAUUUGGAAGCAGUUUAUGGAAUUCUAGAGAAGACUCUUAUCAGCGAAAGGGGAUUUACUGAUUACGCAUUCACAAAAACAAGAGGAAACACAGCUAAGUUUUGCAUAUUUUUAAGUGAGAGAGUUAUGGUUGAUGCACCGCAAGGAUCUGAUCUACGGUCAGUCCUGAACUUGAUUGUUCAAGCUGAUCUCAAAAUGAUUACUCUUAUCAGAGAAAGUUUACAUCUGAAAAGGGAAGGAUUGCAGAACGAAGUUGACAGUUUUUUAGAAGGUAUUGGCGAGUAUAUUGAAAGCCGUAUCGAAAUGAACCAUUAGUCGAUAUUGGGCAUGAAAUAUAAGUAUCUGAAUAGAUAUUGUUUUGUAAAUUAAAUCUUUUCUUCUCAUAUGAUGGGAUGAAGACUCGUUAAUUUUUGCUUAUUAGAGUUAAUUAUAAUAAGGACACACACUUGAUUUUUAGUUUUUGAAGAUGUAAAGUAUUUAUAAACAAUAAAGAUUUUAUUUUUAUUUCUUAAUGACACAGGCUCCUUAGGAGUUGUCAGAUGGUUCUGUGCAAAGUAAGACUUUCGAUAAAUGGGAUCAUUCUAGUACGUGUCUCCUUCUUCCAAUCUAGGCUUCUUAUACAAUGACAGAAUUCUUUGAAAAUUUCAAGCCCAAAUUAAUACGUAUGCAAGCCCCCUUUCAUAGGAAAAAAACAAAAUUUUAGUUUUAACCGAGAAUUGAAUAAAAAUUGAAUAAAAAAUCAAAACUAAAAGUUUAAAUUGAGACAUUCGAGUGCUCGAGUAAACUGAAAUUCUUGCUUAUUGUUUGUUAUGAAACAAAGUUUGGUAAGGAAGAAUCGUGUUAAGAGGCCUCUUAUGUACGACAAAGUGUACAUUUUGUAUUGUUUUGCUUCAGUUUUAACAGCAAGGACGGAUCAGUGUUCAUAAAGCAAGUUUAUAGUGUAUAUGUCAAAGUCAUGUCUCCACGUUUUAAUCUGUACUGGAGUGACAGUAAUGUUGUGCUUUUUAAGGCUGGUCUUUAUUUUUGUAAGGCAGCUAAAUCCACGAAGAAAAAGACGUUAUAUAUGUAUAUUAUUUACACGUUAUUUUAUUACAGAACCACACCAAUCAAUGUUAACACUUUUGAAAACAACUUGAAAACUUUACUACAAACUACUCGAUCACCAACUACUCUCCAACUUGAGCACGCCUCUCCCAACUCCAACUGAGCUAAACAAUAAAUCCAUCAAUCAAUUUCUUUAAGACAACAAGAUGCAGCUAAGCGUGCUUAAAAACCAACAUCGACUACGGACAGCAUAAUGAUAUUAAGAACAAAAGAACAACGAUAUUUAUUCUAAACUUAUAUAACAACAGUAAAUCUAAUGCAUGCAGUCGAUACCCUGACCCUUUGCGAAAAUGUCUACUUAGUAGAUUUCCUGUCUCAUAUUAACAUUGAAAGGUUUCUAGAAUAAAGAUAGUAAAUUAUAAAUGUACCACAUGGGUCAUACCUUGACCUACUACGCUUCUUAGUAUACAUCAACGAUCUACAAAAUGGCCUCGAAAAGUCUAAUAUAUCAAUGUAAGCUUAUAAUACUUACUAAUAUUUCUCUUUCAGUCCUAUUUUCGAUGCCCAUGCCCUGUUUGGGGAUAAUUCUGGUGUAUCGAUUAUAGAAAAGUUUAUCUCUAACAGCCUGUUCGAUGCUUUGCUACUCCUUUUUAUUCUCAGGUCACAGUAAGGGGACUAAUUGAUUUAUAAUCUGCAAGAAUUGUUUACAACGCCCAUAAUGAUAUGCACCGUCCUUCAUGAGCGAUAUAUUUAAAAAGAUGAACGACUCUAAAGUACAGUCUCUUAGAAAUUUGUAGUAUGACCUAAGAAUCCCUUUUUGAAAACGACCAACGGGCAGAAUAGCUUCUCUUACCAGGGUCCCCGAACUUUGGAGAGGUUCGUCAAUAGAUGGUAAAGAUAAAACAAACCUUUAUGGUUUCAUGAACAACACAAGAUGAUAACCUGCUCGCAAAGAAUGAAGCAAAACUACAUUUUUCCUAAUUCUUUUAGGGAAAAAUUAUAAAUUCAUUUGUAUAUAAUAUUUUUACUGUUGUAAUUAGAAUAUUUUCUCUUGUAAUUAGAUUUAGUUUAGUUUUAGCAGUAUUUGCAUAAGUAUUUUUGUAUAUUUUAUUUAGCAUGGCCUCCUGUAAGCCAGCCCUUCAAGCUAGGGGUCUGGAGCAUAGGUUACGUCCUUGCUGAGAAUACGACACGAAAGUUCGUGAAGUCA